AUGCUCACUUCGAUGGAUUUCGCUAUUGGGCGAGUGAUCGAUUAUUUGAAAGCCACGAAGAAGUACGAUAAUACAGUAAUUAUCUUCACGAGUGAUAAUGGCGGUACAACACAGUUUGGUGCUUCCAAUAAACCAUUGCGAGGCGAAAAGGAUACAUUAUGGGAAGGAGGUACGAAGACGACUACCAUCGUGCAUGCUCCCAAAUCCAUUCAUACUAAUGGCGUCAGACCUCAAUUGUUCCAUGUAGUGGAUUGGCAUGCAACGUUACUAGCGAUUGCCGGCCUAGACAUACAAUCAUACGGUGAUGGCAUCAACCAGUGGAGUUACAUCGUAUCAGGCAAUCCAAAACUUCGACGAUUCCAGUUUGUCUACAACAUUGACGAACAUGGCUCAGCAAUACGAGAUGGCGAUUUCAAGUUGAUUCUCGGUAACCCAGAUCGGCGAAUACAAGAAGAUCAUGGCAAAGCGCGGCUUUAUCGAGUUACAGAAGAUCCAGGAGAGACUAAUGAUAUUUCGAAAAUACAUCCAGGUCUUGUGCAUCGGUUGAAAACUAAAAUAAUCGAACUACAGAAGUAUAUGCGAAAAAACGUCCGGAAACCGUUAAGUUUAAAAGGCAGUCCGGAGCGACUAAAUGGAAGCUACGCGAGCUAUUGGUGUACAUAG